AUGGGAAAGGCUAAAAAGGGGAAGAAGAACCUGACUGCAGACGAUGGUGACAGUGAUGUAGAAACCACUAACGUUGAUAACAUUAAACCGGCGCAGAAGGGGAAGAAAAUAUCAGUUGACUCAGACAGUGAAGAAGAGAAGCCUAAGCCUAAGGCAAAACACAAGAAGUCUGUUGAUGAAGAGCUCAAAGAAGUCACAAAGAAUAUAAAAAAUGUUUCUGUCUCAAAUAAAUCAAAAAAGAAAAAAGAUGUUAACAGUGAUGAUGAUGAAUCAGAAGAGGAGGAAAAGCCAAAAAAGAAUAAAAAGAAAGAAGAGAAAAAGAGUGCUUUUUCACUUUUAGAAAUAGAAGAUGCCGAUAUUUCUCCACCAGAAGCCUCACCUUCAUCAGAGGAUGAGAGACCCAUACAAAAGCAGCAAAUGAAACCUGUUCAGGAAAAAAAAGAGCCUGCUGGAAAGAAAGGAAAGAAAUCAAAGAGAAAGAAGGAUGACAGUGAUGAUGAUUUAGAAAAAGUAUUAGCAGAGUUAGAAAUGGAGUAUGCUGGAGUAAAAAAAGAAGCUACUCCAGCUCCUGAUCCUGAAAAAUCUGAGGUAGCUGUAGAAGAAAAGACGAAAACUAAGAAGAAAGGCAAGAAGGAAGAAGCAAAAGUAGAGCCUGAAGAGCAAGAAGAUAGAGAAGGUAGUGAUAAUGAAAAUGAUAUUAUUAUAAAAACUGCAGCCCAAAAAAAGAAAGAGAAAAAAGAAAGGGAGAAAUUAAAAAAGCUCGAAUCUAAGAAAAAAGAGAAAGAGCAAGAGGCUAAAAAAGAGUUAACUGAUGACAAAGCAAAAGCUCCUGAGAAGGUAGAAAGCAAACCUGAGGAGAUACCUGAAGAUGUUAAGGCUCCAUCUGAAGAAAAGGAAGCGGAAGGAGAUACUCCUGCAGCGGAAGGUAAAAAAAAGAAAAAAAAGGGCGAAAAGGCUGAAAAAGAUGAUAAAGGUAAAAAAGGCCCUACUAAAAAGACAAUUGCUGCUAUGCAAGAAGCCUUGAAAAAAGUCCAGGAAGAAGAAGAGCGAUUGAGAAAAGAAGAGGAAGAAAGGAUAAGACAAGAAGAGGAGAGGGAACGUCAACGAUUAGAAGCAAUUCGAUUAGAGAAAGAAAGAAAAGAAAGGAAAAAGCAGAAAGAAAAGGAGAGAAAAGAAAGACUUAAAGCUGAGGGCAAAUUGUUGACACCUAAGCAAAAGGCUGAAAAAGCGAGAGCUCAAGCCUUGUUAGAAUCCUUGAAGGCUCAAGGUAUAGAAAUUGGGUCAGCAGAGAAGAAACCUGCAAGGCCUGGAACUAGAGUAAAGCCUGGUAGACUAAAAUCUCAACUGUCACAAGAUACACCUUCAACUCCAUCUGAAGAAAAAAAAGAGUUGGAGAUUGGAGAGAAAAAGGAUGUGGAGCCUAAACCUAGCGAAAAGAAGGAAUCCGAUACUGAGUCCGUAAAAGACGCUUGGGACGCCGAGUCUUCAGAGGAAGAGACUGAACCGCCACCGAAAGAAGAACAAUCGAAAACGGAGAAAGUUCCUACUCCUGUAGUGGAGAAAGCCAAGGAGAAAGGUGCAGAAGAAGAAGAGAGUUCAUCCGAAGAGGAUGAGAGUUCUGAGGAAGACAGCAGUUCUGAAGAGGAGUCUGAUGAGGAAAUGACUGAUGCACAGAAAAAGAGAGAAGCUGUUAUCAAGAGAUUAGAGAAACGCAAGCAGGAAAAUGAGGCUAACAAAACCAAUAACCCACUUCGUGCUGCUGUGGUGUGCGUUCUCGGGCACGUCGACACUGGCAAGACCAAAAUCUUAGAUAAACUGCGUCGUACCAACGUCCAAGAUGGUGAGGCUGGUGGUAUAACGCAGCAGAUCGGCGCGACCAAUGUUCCUAUCGAGAAUAUCAAGGAACAGACUAAACAUGUUAAAGGGGUCAGCGAAAUAUCUUUCAAGUUGCCUGGCUUGUUAAUUAUCGACACUCCUGGGCACGAGUCGUUCAGUAACUUGAGGAAUAGAGGAUCCUCACUCUGCGAUAUUGCCAUUUUGGUAGUAGACAUUAUGCACGGUCUCGAGCCUCAAACAAUCGAGUCCAUAAACUUAUUGAAGCAAAAGAAAACACCGUUUUUGGUUGCUUUGAACAAAAUCGACCGUUUGUACGACUGGCAGAGUGCUCAACGCAAGGAUGUGCGUGAUAUACUAAAGAUGCAGCAGCCCAAUACACAAUUGGAGUUUGAAAAGCGAAGCAAGGAUGUUAUGUUGCAGUUUGCUGAACAGGGUCUUAACGCAGCGCUCUUUUACGAGAACCCCGACCCUCGAAGUUAUGUUUCGCUAGUGCCUACUUCAGCGGUAACAGGCGAGGGUAUGGGCAACUUGCUCGCGAUGAUCGUGCAAGCUUGCGAGGGACCGCUUCACAAACGACUUAUAUUUUCACAACAACUGCUCGCUACCGUGCUUGAGGUCAAAGCCAUUCCUGGCUUAGGUACAACUAUUGAUACAAUCCUUAUCAACGGAACACUACACGAAGGUGACACAAUGAUUUUAGCGGGUACUGAUGGUCCCAUCGUUACACAAAUACGUUCGCUGCUCAUGCCACAGCCUAUGAAGGAGUUACGAGUUAAGAAUGCCUACAUUGAAUACAAAGAAGUUAUUGGCGCUCAAGGAGUGAAGAUCGCAGCCAAGGAGUUGGAAAAAGCUAUUGCUGGACUGAACCUUUACGUAGCGCAAAAACCUGACGAAGUUGACGUGUUAAAGGAAGAGGUAGCUCGCGAGUUGAAGUCGGCACUAUCAUCUAUCAAGUUGUCGGAGAGGGGCGUGUAUGUGCAAGCCUCCACGCUUGGAUCUCUUGAAGCGUUACUUGAAUUCCUUCGAACCAGCAAAAUUCCUUAUUCUGCAAUCAGAAUAGGACCGGUGGUAAAACGUGACGUCAUGAAGGCAUCCGCCAUGUUGGAACACGAUUCGCAAUAUGCAACUAUAUUAGCUUUCGACGUAAAGAUUGAACGUGAUGCUCAAGAAAUGGCUGACAAUUUAGGCGUGAAAAUCUUUGCCGCGGACAUCAUUUACCACUUGUUUGAUAAGUUCACGGCUUACCGCGAAGAGCUUAGGCAGAGAAAGCGCGAGGAGUUCAAGCAUAUCGCCGUCUUCCCCUGUAAACUGAAGGUGCUGCCGCAGUUUGUCUUCAAUUCUCGUGACCCCAUCGUCUGUGGUGUAAUGAUUGAAGCUGGCAUUGUGAAAGAGGGAACACCUAUUUGCGUACCUAGUAAAGAAUUUGUGGAGCUGGGCUUAGUGACAUCAAUUGAGGUGAACCACAAACAAGUAGAGACGGCUCGCAAGGGUCAAGAGGUGUGCAUUAAGAUCGAGCCCAUCCCCGGCGAGUCUCCCAAGAUGUUCGGCAGACAUUUCGACGAGACUGAUUUUCUAGUCAGCAAGAUAUCGCGAGCUAGUAUCGAUGCUUGCAAGGAUUAUUUCCGCGACGACUUGGUUAAGACCGAUUGGCAAUUGAUGGUGGAGCUCAAAAAACUCUUCCAGAUACUGUAA